AUGUUGUUCCCUUACCUUGCCUCAGUCUCUCUCUCCUUCGUUUUGCUGGUGAAUUCCGCAAAAAUCCCCAUUGUCAAUGACAUUUUUGGCGGGCUUGACUCACAAGCGCGAGCUCAGCGCAUUGCCAAAGUCCAACCCCGUGUUGUCACAACCCCCGGAAAGCUCCGGAAUCUGGUUGAGAACUCUGGGAUAUGCGAAACAACACGUGGCGUAUAUCAGGCUUCAGGCUACGCGGACAUCGCUGCCGACAAGAGUAUAUUCUUCUGGUAUUUUGCUGCGCGCUCGAAUCCAAGCACUUCCCCGCUAUCUCUCUGGUUUAAUGGUGGCCCUGGUAGCUCUAGCAUGUUCGGACUGUUCCAAGAGAACGGACCCUGUCGCAUCACCAACGACAGUAGCACUGUUACUUCCAAUCAAUGGUCCUGGAAUGGAGCGAGCAAUAUGCUCUACAUUGACCAACCGGUCGGUGUAGGCUUUUCUCAUGGAACCAUAGAGGUCAAUUCGACGCGGGCAGCCGCGCAAGAUAUUUGGAAGUUCAUCCAGAUAUUCCUGAAUGACACCCGCUUCCAGUUUCUCAUCCCAAACAAGCUAGGAAUCUGGACGGAGUCAUAUGGUGGACAUUACGGACCGGCGUUUGCCGCGUAUUUCUUGCAGAUGAAUCAGCUCAUACAAAAUGGCCAAUUGAAUGGUACAAGACUGAAUCUUGCGGUUCUGGGUAUCGGGAAUGGACUCACGGAUCCGAUAACCCAGUAUCCAGGCUAUAUCGUCUAUGCCAACUCCGCAAAUCCGUAUCACGUUCCGCUCGUCUCUCAAGACAAAAUCAUCGACGCAACUCUCGCGUGGCAAUCAGCCUCUAUUGGUUGUCACGAUCGGAUUUUGGCGUGCAAUUCUGUUUCUGGCACCGACUCGGUAUGCGCGAGUGCACAGAGCUAUUGUAAUGGACAGAUAAUGACCCCGCUUUCGGGAAACUGGAAUCCCUACUAUGUGAUAUCGCCUGCUGCAGCUACUUCUUACCCUCCGUCGUUCACGACCUACAUCAAUAGUAUUGCCAGUCAAAUCGGGGCUGAGACGACAUGGGUUUCGACCAAUAGCAUCGUGCAUAACCUGUUUGCCCUCACCGGUGAUUGGGUCCGCACCUCAAUUCAUGAUCUGGAAACCGUCAUUGAAGCGGGCGUUCGCGUCACAAUUUACAACGGUGAUGCGGACUACCUUUGCAAUUUCGUUGGAGUAGAGUCUAUGCUUGCCUCCUUGAAAACCUCGAUCAGCGCCUCAUUCAAUGCAGCACCCCUCAGCAACUGGGCACCGGUCGGCGGCAUCCUUGCAGGGCUCUUCAAAACUGCUGGAAAGCUCUCAUAUGCGCGAAUUUACAGCGCAGGUCACGAAGUUCCAGCUUAUAAAUAUGGACCGUUCGAAGUCGGCCGAGUAGCGUGGUAUGUGUUCUCUACCACUAUGGCGGACAUGAGUCUAUUUACGACUUCCUCCCGGCUCUCCGCUUCGCCACUUCUUCUGCGAAAAAGGAUGAGCACGACAACCGACACGUCUUCCCUGCUCCGAUAUGGCGAAAAUGUCACCAAGGGCAUCACAAGGAUUACGCCGGGCAUUAUGACCAAGGGCAAGGGAUCGUAUGUCGAGUACGAUGAUGGCCGCACAAUGCUCGACUUUACAUGUGGGAUCGGGGUCACCAACUUGGGGCACUGCCAUCCCAAAAUCAGCCAGGCUGCUGCAGACCAAUGCAUGAACAUUGUCCACGCCCAAUGCAGCAUUGCUUUCCAUGAGCCAUACCUCCGCCUCAUCGAAAAGCUGCUUCCGAUAAUGCCCGACGCGUCGCUUGACUCGUUCUUCUUUUGGAACUCGGGCACAGAGGCGAUCGAGGCCAGUUUACGGUUGGCCAGGAUCAUUACAGGGAAACAAAAUAUUAUUUGUAUGCAAGGCGCGUACCACGGUCGGACCUUUGGCUCGAUGGCGGUCACUCGGAGCAAGACGAUCUACUCACAGGGAGUAGCACCUCUUAUGCCUGGUGUCUUCACCUUGCCUUUCCCAUUUUGGCACCAACUUGGCUUGCCGCCGUCGACCCCAGAAGACGUUUUAGUCAAGCAAUGCCUAUACCAACUCGAUCUUCUUCUGUCUCAACAGACUGCCCCAUCUGACACCGCUGCGAUUCUCAUUGAGCCUGUUAUUGGUGAGGGUGGAUAUGUUCCUGCCCCGCCAGCAUUCCUUCAGGGUCUCCGAGAAGUGUGCGACAAACACAAUAUACUGCUCAUCAUCGACGAAGUGCAGAGCGGAUUUGGAAGAACCGGCCGCUUCUUCGCUAUCGAGGAAAGUGGAGUUCGUCCAGAUAUUCUUGUUAUUGCCAAGGGACUCGCGAAUGGUUUCCCGUUGAGUGGCGUUAUCAGCCGAAGGGAAAUCACCGAUAAGCUUUUGCCAGGUUCCUUUGGUGGAACCUACGCUGGUAAUGCGGUUGCUUGUGCUGCCGCCACCGCAGUUGUCGACGUCAUGAACGAGGAAAACAUCCUUGCCAAUGUCAACGCGCGGUCUGUUGAGCUUUUCGACGCCCUGAACGGGCUCAAAGCCGCUUAUCCGGAACAUAUCGUGGACGUUCGUGGACGUGGUCUCAUGGUGGCAGUUGAGUUCGCCUCCCCGACAGACACUGUUGUCGGACCGCGACCACAGCUUCCCAAAGGCCUUGCUGCUCGGGUGGCCAAAAAAUGCAUCGAAAAGGGGAUGAUAAUCUUGACCACUAGUGUGUAUGAGGUUGUCCGGUUCAUACCGCCGCUGAAUAUUUCGGCGGAGGACCUGGAGAAGGGGGCGCAGAUCUUCAAGAAUGCCGUGGCUGAGGUUGUGCGAGAAGGAUAA